AUGGGCGACGACCCGCCCUCUGCGCCCGUCGCGCACUCUCCGCGCACCACCAACAAUGUCCGACAGCUCUCAAGCUCCCUAAACAGGCUGUCACUCAACACAGCCUCUACAACACCGCUACCGCCUUCCCCUGGCCCAAGAUCGCCAAAACCACCGCUACGAACUUCGUCGAGCAAUAUGAGUCUCGAUCGCCGAACAAGCGCUACUCCAGCAAUCGCGAGGAAGUCGUCCACGAGCUCUCUGAGGAAUGGCAGUGCGCCAACGACACCACGAAAACUUGAUCCGAGACGCUCAAUAUCCAAUCUGGGUGCUUCGUCGUCGCCGGAUCAUAAGGCGCUUCCUAUGGCCCAGGCUGAGAUAGCGAGGGCGGAGCCUGUGACGGCUGCUAGUGUUGCGAGGGAUUACUUCAGGAAGGAGCUAGCGCGGCAUGAGGAGAGUCUUCGAGAUCCUCCAUCGACGGUAGUCAUCCUCCACGACUCCUGCUAUGGCCACAGAUUCUCGCGUCCGAAGACCUCGAAAGCCAACCUUAGCAUGAUAGUAGAGCGCCCAGAACGUAUACGCGCCGGGGUUCUGGGUAUCUCAGCAGCCUACGUGCGACUCGGCGAGCGCCAUGCCGGAGGCCGACACGCUCCACAUCCGCACAAUGCACUACCUUCCACGCUACCGUUUCGUAUACGAAGAACCUCACGUUCUAUUGACAUCAACUCUUUGCCGAUUACAAAUGUCCAUGGUACGAGUUGGAUGGCAGAGUUGAAGGAGAUGUGCGCAUCCGCGGAACGCAAACUGGCUACUACGGGCAAAGAGCUUGUUAGAGAAGGGGAAGGACAGCUAAGCGAGGAUAGGUUGCAUGAGGGUGACUUGUAUCUCUGCCCGGAAUCGUUGGGUGCGUUUCAGGGGGCGCUUGGUGGGGUCUUUGAUGGCGUGGAUGCUGUCUUCAAUGGUGACAGCGGUGCCAAACACGCCUUCGUAUGCAUCCGCCCACCAGGCCACCAUUGCUCCGCCGACUUUCCAUCUGGCUUCUGCUGGCUCAACAACGUCCACGUGGGUAUCGAGUAUGCCGCACAAGCGUACGGCUUAACCCACGCUGCAAUCAUCGAUUUCGAUCUUCAUCAUGGCGACGGCUCGCAAGCCAUUACGUGGGAGCGCAACGCCCGGAACGCGAAGAUGCCCAAGAGCACACCGGUGUCCAAGAGGCCUUCGAUUGGCUACUUCAGCUUACACGACAUCAACUCCUAUCCCUGCGAGUAUGGCGAUGAAGAGAAGGUGCAAAAUGCGAGUCUUUGCAUCGAGAACGCGCAUAACCAAACCAUCUGGAACGUGCAUUUACAGCCCUGGAAAACAGAAGCGGAAUUCUGGGAGCUCUAUGAGACGAGAUAUUCCGUGUUAAUCGACAAAGCUCGAACUUUUCUUCGCAACCAGACACAGCGUGUACUUAGCAGUCCGAACCGCCCGCAGCCUAAAGCCGCCAUCUUCCUUUCUGCAGGCUUCGAUGCGAGCGAGUGGGAAAGCGAGGGCAUGCAGAGGCAUAAAGUGAAUGUCCCUACCGAAUUCUAUGCACGCUUUACACAUGAUGUAGUCCGUAUGGCCAAAGAUACCGAGACUGGCGUCGAUGACCGAAUCGUCAGCGUGCUGGAAGGAGGAUACUCAGAUCGAGCCCUAGCCAGCGGCAUUAUGAGCCAUCUCAGCGGCCUCGCUGGAGACGGUGAAAGCAGCCUGGGCGACAAGACUGAGUGGUGGCAUAGCUCGUGCCUUAUCGCUCUGGAAGGGGUGGUCAGUCCAAAUGCACCAGCGGUGCCCAAGAAACCCAAGCCUGGAGCACCAUCGACCUUUUUCUCCACGACUCAGUCGUUCUCCGCGAAGGUUGUGGAUCCGUCGAAACUAUCGAGGAGUAUUUCGGGAACGUUACGGACCACUCCUCCGAGAAGCCUUACGCCUCCACCGCCAGAAGUCGAUUGGGCCACUGCAGCCCACGAACUCAGCAAGCUUCUGAUACCGACAGAUCGCCAGACACGGAGCUGCCUACCCGAAGAACUCUCGGAGCCAAAAGCCAAGAAGGAGCGGCAGUCUAUCGCCGUCCUGCCUCCCGAUCCAAGUGGACGGCAGCUCAGAGACCGGAAGUCCAAGAUGCCAAGCUACACUGCUCCAGCCUCAGACGACGAGGCACUUCCCGCACAACCCGCAACAAAAGAUACUAGCCGUAGGAAGACCAUGGCUGUCCUGCCGUUGGACGAACCAGCAACUGUACAGGCGUCUUCGAGGGUGCCGAGCAGGCGACUAAGCGUUGCUUCUACCAUUAGUUCCACGAACGGCGAUCAUAGCACCCCUCCGCUCCCUGUUAACAGAACUGCUAGACCAGCGCCACCGAACAUGCAGGUCAAGAAGGUCAGAGCACCCGCGAAGGCGCAGGUUUCUCCACCGGCGGUGCCUGUCAGACAGCACAGCGUGCCUGUUGAACCGUCUGAAUAUGCUACGAAUCAAAAGUCCGCGCCAACCUCAGAGAAGCAGAACUCGCAUGAGAACGACGGAAUGGAUCAACUAGCAUCGAAGCUUAAGAGAAUCACCAUCAAAGUCCCACCCAAAGAGGAAUACGAAGCACGCCAGAAGCAAAAGGAAGCUGAUGCAGUCAGAAAGGCGGUAGCAAAACCGGCCGCGCGCAAAGUGCCCACAUCUAAGACUACGAAGGCUGCUGCCUCGAAAGCAAGCAAAGCUGGACAGACGGUGGUCGUUGAGGCUAACGGUAAUCCUGGGGAUGCCGCGCCGUCGGCCAAUAUUACGCCACCGCAAGCCCUCAACACUUUAGCGGAUCCAACCCCGGGCGACGCUAUUCCACCUCCCACGGCCACGUCCACUGCAUCCGCCACACUCAACAUCGGUAUCAGCUCGCCGGCUGCAGCCGCCGCAAACCCCGCUGCACCGCCCCCGCCUCCAGCACCAGCUACUCCGCCAACCUCUUCAGCCGCCGCCCCACACGCUUCCGCCGCCCCACCCGCCAUCUCCCCACCCAAGAACCACAGCCCAGCAGUCCCACCAACCACCGCCUUCAUACCACCUCCCACCUCCCCGCCCCGUCCCUCAACCCCUCCGCCAUCUGGCCCCCAAUUCAUCCCCUACGCCCCGCACCCACCCAGCGCGCCCCACCACCACGCAAUCGCUAGUCCGGCACAGCCGCUGCGUUGGCUCCCGCCCAACUCCGACGCGGAGGCUACGGGUGGUGUGGUCAUGCCGCCGGGCAGGAAGCAAAAGGCGCUCCCUGUGUUUUCGGCGGACGGAGUUAUUCCGUUUGGGACGGCGGCGGCGCCGUCGGCUGUACAAGCAUCAAAUGGCGCUGUGAUAGGUGCUGCACGGCAUGGAUCGGAGAGGAAUGCUUUAGGUGCGGGUGGGGAACGAGAGAAAGGAGGAAAAAGAGAGGGGGAGGUGUGGGAGGUGCCUGAUACGCCUAUGCGGUGA